AUGGCUCUCACAGUCGAGAAAACCUCCACCGGCCGUGAGUACAAAGUCAAGGACAUGUCCUUGGCCGACUUCGGCCGCCUGGAACUCGAAUUAGCCGAAGUUGAAAUGCCCGGUCUCAUGUCUUGCAGGACGGAAUUCGGUCCUUCUCAGCCUUUCAAGGGUGCCAGAAUCACCGGCUCCCUCCACAUGACAAUCCAGACCGGUGUCCUCAUCGAAACUCUCACCGCUUUGGGUGCUGAGGUUAGAUGGUGCUCCUGCAACAUUUUCUCAACUCAAGACCAUGCCGCCUCCGCCAUCGCCCGUGAUUCCGCCGCCGUGUUCGCCUGGAAGGGGGAAACUCUACAGGAGUACUGGUGGUGCACGGAGCGUGCUCUAGAUUGGGGUCCCGGCGGUGGUCCCGAUUUGAUCGUUGACGAUGGUGGUGACGCUACUCUAUUGAUUCACGAGGGAGUCAAGGCUGAGGAGGAGUUUGAGAAGACCGGCAAAUUGCCCGAUCCGACUUCCACCGACAACGCUGAGUUCCAGAUCGUGUUGUCGAUCAUUAAGGAAGGUCUAGCAGUCGACCCCAAGAAGUACCACAAGAUGAAGGAUAGGUUGGUUGGUGUGUCUGAGGAAACCACCACUGGUGUUAAGAGGUUGUACCAGAUGCAAGCCAAUGGUACUCUGCUUUUCCCUGCCAUUAAUGUCAAUGACUCUGUCACCAAGAGCAAGUUCGACAACUUGUACGGAUGCCGUCACUCACUCCCCGACGGUUUGAUGAGAGCCACCGACGUCAUGAUCGCCGGAAAGGUCGCAGUCGUCUGCGGAUACGGAGACGUCGGAAAGGGUUGCGCCGCCGCAAUGAAGCAAGCCGGAGCACGUGUCAUCGUGACAGAAAUCGACCCAAUCUGCGCCCUCCAAGCCACCAUGGAAGGUCUCCAAGUCCUCCCCUUGGAAGACGUCGUCUCCGACGCCGACAUCUUCGUCACCACCACCGGAAACAAAGACAUCAUCAUGGUCUCCGACAUGAGGAAGAUGAAGAACAACGCCAUCGUCUGCAACAUCGGCCAUUUCGACAAUGAAAUCGACAUGCUCGGACUUGAAACCUACCCAGGUGUGAAGCGCAUCACCAUCAAACCACAAACUGACAGGUGGGUCUUCCCUGAAACCAAGACCGGAAUCAUCAUCUUGGCUGAAGGUCGUCUCAUGAACUUGGGUUGCGCCACCGGCCACCCUAGUUUCGUGAUGUCAUGCUCUUUCACCAACCAAGUUAUCGCUCAGCUUGAGUUGUGGAAGGAGAGAACCACCGGAAAGUACAAGAAGGAGGUCUAUGUUCUACCUAAGCAUCUUGAUGAGAAGGUUGCUGCACUUCAUCUUGCAAAGCUUGGAGCUAAGUUGACGAUUCUUAGCAAAGAUCAAGCUGAUUACAUCAAUGUUCCAGUUGAAGGUCCAUACAAGCCUCUUACUUACAGGACAAAACAUCUAGCCAAUAUGACCACUGUAAGUCAACAUCACCACCAUCUCCUUGAAAACCUCAUAUCUGAAAAGUAUAAUCGGAAACCACCGCCACUGUUACCAUUUCUGUGGCGACUCCGACAAAAGGGUUCUAACCCAUUUUCCCACCACCCAUUUAGCCGGACCACCACCAUCGAUGACACCCAUUUUUCCACCACCUGCUUGAAUCGUCGUCGAAGAAGGAUAGAGAUGAAGAGAAAAGAAGGCAGAGAAAUGGGUGACAUCGGUAUGUGCUCAAUGGGGAAUGGUGGUGCUCCGCCGAAAUCAAAGUCGAUGGUGUCGUCGGAGUCGGAAUCGUUGGCGGUGCCGAAGAGAUGUCGCAGGUCUGGAGCUUCAGAGUGGGUUGAGGUGAAAGAAGAGAUGGUGGUGCUCCAGACGGUAGAGCCAUCCGAUUCGCCUCUGAAUUCCUCUUCCUUCCGCUCGACAGAUGAGCCAUUGGAGGAGUUUGUCUACUUCAUUCGUGUUUCUUUUAUUCAUCUAUUCUUCUUCCCUGAUCAAACCCAAGUGCUGAAAUGGGAGAUGAUGGAUUCAAAUGUAUUUGUUUUCUGGACCAAAACUUCCAUUGAUGUUGAUGAAAGAUGUGUUAGACUAAAGUCAAACAGUUAUACCACAACCAAUAUCAUUGACAUGGUAGCUGCUGCAAGCAUUCAGCUUAAGGAGAUGGAAGAAAAAAAGAUCAUUGGGUUCGAGAUGAAGCAUCUACUAAAUGCACAAAUUGUUAAACAUAUUUUGGAGCUUUUGUGCGAAGGUAUCACUGUAGAAAUUGUGGUGAUAUUUUUUGUGAUAAGUGUACUCAAGGUAGAAUUGCUCCCACAUCAGAGGGAAAUGCUCAACAAGUUCGAGUUUGUGACCAAUGCAUGGCUGAAGUUACUCAGAGGCUGAGUCAUGUGAAUGAGGUGGCAGGUAGAGGUUCUUCUAGGUUUAAUAGGCAUGAAGAUCUUACAAUAUUUUACUGAAUGGAAUCUUGAAUUCUUGAAUUCUGAUUCUCAUAGAAUAAAAUCUUGAAGAUGAAUAUUCUUUGGGAUGAGGAUGAACAAUAACCACCAAUCUUCCAAAAAGAAUGAUUUAUUCCAGCAGAAUAAUAUACAAAAUAAUGAAAAAAAAUAUAUGUAAUAGUAUAAUAUGGUAGAAUGAUUUAUAUAUUGUAUUUCUUUGUUAUUGAUAAAUGUAACAUUCUCGUAGAAUAGUAUAUAUAUUUUUUUUCUUUUCUAAAAAUGUAAUGAAUUUUUUUUAACCUGUAUCCAAAAUUUUGUAAUUGUUCAAGAAGUUUAUUAAAUCAAAAUAUUUAUUAUGUC